AUGGAGGAUGUUGGGCGAGCACCCGCUGAAGCUUCACCCGUGCUCAACUUCGAGCCUACUACGAUCCCCACCCUCGACGGCUGGAUCGAGAGCUUGAUGUCUUGCAAGCAGCUGGCCGAAGCUGACGUUCAGAGACUGUGCGAUAAGGCACGAGAAGUUCUACAGGAAGAGUCGAACGUGCAGCCAGUGAAAUGUCCCGUUACCGUCUGUGGUGAUAUCCACGGUCAAUUCCACGACUUGAUGGAGCUCUUCAAGAUUGGCGGUCCUAACCCCGAUACCAACUACCUAUUCAUGGGUGACUACGUUGACCGAGGCUACUACUCUGUUGAGACAGUCACCCUUCUUGUCGCCCUCAAGAUCCGAUACCCUCAACGAAUCACAAUCCUCCGAGGAAACCACGAGUCCCGUCAGAUCACUCAGGUCUACGGUUUCUACGACGAAUGCCUCCGUAAAUAUGGAAACGCUAAUGUCUGGAAGUAUUUUACCGACCUCUUUGACUACCUCCCCCUCACUGCCCUGAUCGACAACCAAAUCUUCUGUCUUCAUGGCGGCCUCUCCCCAAGCAUUGAUACUCUGGAUAACAUCCGAGCUCUUGAUCGUAUUCAGGAAGUUCCUCACGAGGGUCCCAUGUGUGAUCUUCUCUGGUCAGACCCUGACGACCGAUGCGGCUGGGGAAUCUCUCCUCGAGGUGCGGGGUACACAUUCGGACAGGACAUUUCAGAAGCUUUCAACCACAACAAUGGCUUGACCUUGAUUGCUCGCGCCCAUCAGCUUGUUAUGGAGGGUUACAACUGGUCUCAAGACCGAAAUGUUGUUACUAUUUUCUCAGCACCCAACUACUGCUACCGAUGCGGUAACCAAGCUGCUAUCAUGGAGAUUGAUGAGCACCUGAAGUACACCUUCUUGCAAUUUGAUCCAUGCCCCAGAGCUGGCGAGCCUAUGGUCUCAAGGCGGACUCCGGACUACUUCCUCUAG